CCUGGCUUGCCAUGGCCUGGCGCCGCCUUGCCAUCUUGCUUGGGCUUUGCUUGGCCAGCUGCCUUUGGCGCCCCGCUCAGGGCUGCGGCCCGGGCAGGGGCCCGGUGGGGCGCAAGCAGUCUAGCCGCAAGAACCUGACCCCGCUGCAGUACAAGCAGUUUGUCCCCAACGUGGCGGAGCAGACCCUGGGCGCCAGCGGGAAAGCGGAGGGCAAAAUCGGACGCCGUUCAGAGCGCUUCAAGGACCUGGUGCCCAAUUACAACCCGGACAUCAUCUUCAAGGACGAAGAGAACUCAGGGGCAGACCGGCUGAUGACUGAGCGUUGCAAGGACCGGGUGAACGCCUUGGCCAUUGCGGUGAUGAACAUGUGGCCGGGAACGAGGCUGCGAGUGACGGAGGGCUGGGACGAAGACGGACACCACCUGCCCAACUCCUUGCACUACGAAGGCCGGGCGCUGGACAUCACGACAUCCGACCGCGACAGGGAGAAAUACGGCAUGCUGGCCCGCUUAGCCGUGGAGGCUGGUUUCGACUGGGUUUACUAUGAGUCCAAGGCGCACAUUCACGUGUCUGUGAGAGCAGAUAACUCCAUGGCCAUCCGUGCCGGGGGAUGUUUUCCUGGCGACGCAGCGGUGACCUUGUGGAAUGGCGAGAAGAGAGGCCUCUCGGAUCUCCGGCGAGGGGACUAUGUGCUCAGCGUCGACCAGAGUGGGCAGGUGACCCCCAGCGAGGUUUUGCUGUUUCUCGACCGGGACCAGCACCGGCGGACCACCUUCGUGGCUAUCGAGACGGACGGCCCCGUCCACCGGCUCCUCCUCACGCCCUCGCACCUUGUGUUUGCUGCACGGGACCCGGCCAACAACACGGCGGACUUCUCUCCGGUGUUUGCCAGCCGGGUGCGCGUGGGGGACUCUGUGCUGGCACACCGGGCGGGCGGCCGCCAGCUGCACCCCGCUCGGGUGGUCCGCGUGUGGCGGCAAGAGGGCGUCGGGGUGUAUGCCCCUUUGACUUCGCACGGCACCAUUCUGGUGAACGGGGUGCUGGCUUCCUGCUACGCCGUCCUUGAAAGCCACCAUUGGGCCCAUCGGGCCUUUGCCCCGCUGAGGUUGGCUCACCGCCUCCUCUCGCUGCUGCCUCUCGCAGGCGAAGCCAGGAACUGCAGCGCCCAGGAGACGGGCAUGCAUUGGUAUUCACAGUUCCUGUACCGGCUGGCAUGGGGCGCGCUGGGCCAGGACACCCUUCACCCAUAGAGAGACUCCAGCCUGCUGUGCAGAUUUAAGCUCAUCAAGCCAUAAGACAAAGGAUAAGGAGUUUGGACUCAAGUUUGGUCCCGUGCCUUAUUGGCCAUGAUUCCUUAGAUCAGUGGUUUUCAACCGGUGUGCCGUGGCACCCUGGGGUGCCUUGAACGAUGGCCAGGGGUGCUGUGGGCAACACUGACCUCUGUCCCUCUUUCCUUCCCUCCCUCUUCUGAUGUCCUCUUGUAUCUCUGCCUCCCAAAGGCUGGC